GACCACCGCCACCCCUCAUCAGCGGUUACUGACAAGAAAUGAAAGUAAUGUGUUCAUUGAGUUUCCCCGGCCAGUGCUCUUUCUGUGCCACGGAUGGAGGUCAAUUCCCAGGCGGCUGAAGAGCCUCCCGGUGACAUUCUAGCUGCCAAUCCCAUGACUGUCUCUCUAGUUUAUAUUCUAUUUUUGUUCUCAGCUGACGACCCUCCUAAUGAUCUAAAUUUACCGCUAACGGACCUCCGAGAAAUGAUCGCAACAAGGCAGCAAAAUCUCGAAACCAGUGGCUAAAACCGAGGUUCCCUUUCAGGACAAAUCCAUUGAGAUGCAAGCGGAGGACUUGUACAGCGCAGGAGAGGUUGGUCCUGAUAACCAAGCCAGGGUUUGGGAUGACAAGGCUGACAUCGGGAUGGAAAUUCCUUCCAAAGGGUUGUCCAGUACUGAUGCAGGGAUGCCAGAAAGAUGUGAAGGACAGAGCAGGAUGAAAAUCAUGCAAGAGAAGCUCCCCAGAGAGACGAGAAGGAUCCCACCCCCAUCCAAGCUCCAGCGCUUCUCGGUGGACACCAAUGAAUCCCUGCACUUUGACCCCUAUGUGUCCCAGUCAGACGAUGAUGAGCCUCAACUUCUGAGCUCUCACAGAGGGCAGAUGCAGUACAGUGAUGAAGUCUUUGAGGAGGAGAAUGAAAUUGAAGAAGAGCAAAUUGGAGACCAGAUGUGUUCUAUACCAGAAGGAGGCAGGAGCAAACACAAGAUGGAUGUGAAGGAGAGACUAUCAGAGGAUAAUGAAACUGAGUCUCCAGAUGUCUUCUGCACUGACUGCAAAACACCCACUUGGUCCUUCCAGAACUUGUACGGACCACACAAGGACCAUCGAGUCAUUCUCAUAUCUAGAGCCACAGAGGAAAUUAAGGAAGACCUUCAAAAAACCACAGGCAAGCUGGAAGAGCAGAUUGGGCUUAUGGAGAAUUUUGCAAGCCACUUGGAGGAGAUAUUUAUUACAGUAGAAAACAUGGGCACAUCUCCACAGGAGAACUUUGGCAGGCAGGAGCAGAACCUGGAGCAGCACUACAAUGACGUGAUCCAGACCCUGUCUCAGAGGUAUGAACAGGGGGCGUCCCGUCUGGCAGAUGAGAAGAAGCUCAAACUAGAGGCCCUAUACGGCCAACUUGUGGACUGUGGCAAGACCCUGGACAUCUCCAAGGAGCUCAUAGAGGAAGCACAGGAAAUCUACAGGAAUGAGAACAAACUCAUGUUCCUCCAGGCUGUGGCAUCUGCUAUUGCAAGAACAGAAGAUUUAAUUAAAGAUGAACCAAAUUUCAAGCUUUUGGCCUCCUUGGAAUUUGAGAAUUCCACUGUUGAUUUGUCAGAUGUAAAACAAAUGAUGGAUUCAAUUAACAUUGUACCAGCCCCCUCGGCCCCAGUCAUCAACCCUCAGAUUCCCAACUCGGCCACCAGCACAUCAGUGCGUGUUUGCUGGAGCCUGUUCUCAGACGACACAGUGGAGUUCUACGAGCUUCACUACCGUCCUGUGCUGGACGAUACCAAUGCUGGCCUGCAGGCUCCUGAGGCAGUGUUGAAGAAGAGGGCUAAAGAGACAUACCUCACCGUAAUGGACCUGCUGCCCAAUGCACAGUAUGAGUUCUGGGUUACUGCGACCAACACUACCGGCGUCAGCCCAGCCAGCGAGAAAGCAGUCUAUAUGACAGUGCCUUCACCCCCUGUCAUCAAGUGGCGAGAGUGCACAAGUUUCCCCGAUGCAGCGCUGAUCCGCUGGGAAUCUGGCAACACCAACCCCGUAGACUCUUACACCAUGGAGCUGAGCGAGAUUGGCGCAGAGUGUCCCGACCAUGGUAUAAGUGAGUCCAUAGUGGCCAUCCCUACCUGCGAGUGUCUGAUCCAGCUGCAGUCGGGACGUCACUACUCAAUCUGCGUGAGGGCCAUAAACACUGGGGGCCCCAGUGAGAGGAGUGAACCAGUUAUAAUCCAAACAACAGGCACAUAUUUCCACCUACUGGAGGACACAGCCCACCCGUGCCUGUCCAUCUCAGAAGACGGGUUUACCAUGUUCUACGGCGAUGAAGACUUACCUUUGAGUGACAUGAUCUUCAGUGAUAAUACAUUUGCAAGGUGUGUGGCAGUGCUUGGAGACUUGAUUCCAGUGCGGGGGAGACACUACUGGGAGGUGGAUGUGGAAGAGAGGACCGAGUUCAGGAUUGGCAUAGCCUAUGAGGACACUCAGAGGAACGGCUUCCUGGGGGGGAACAGCACCUCCUGGUGUAUGCGGCACGUCAUCACACCCUCCAGGCACAAGUACGAGUUCCUGCACAGCGGCUGGUCUCCUGACAUCCGCGUUACGGUACACCCUAAACGGGUCGGGGUGCUGCUGGACUACGACGCUGGGAAGCUGUCUUUCUUCAACGCCCACCUGGCCCAGCACCUGUACACGUUCCACUGUCACUUCCUGCACCUUGUCCACCCCUGCUUUGCCCUGGACAGCCCGGGUGCACUGACCAUCCACAAUGGAAUCGCAGCCCCAGAAUACACCAUGUUUAACUGAACAUUUUUAGUGCUUGUCUGUGCUGCAUAUUGACAAAAUGUUAUGUAAAAUUCAAGGCUGUGGUGCAGAAAAAGAAUAACCAAGGACAUUUUUUGUGUUUUUGUUAUGUUUUCUCCUCUCCUUGGUUUAAGUACAUGGUAAUGUUGUCGUCAUUUACAUGACAAGAAACAAAAGUGAGACUACACAGUGCAACGCUUUGAUAUCAGAGGAAUUAUAGCAGUCGUGUUAAAUAUAUAGAAAUACUGAAGCAGUUGUCGUCAGUUCACGUCCUGUGAGAUAAAAUACGACAAAGGUAUUAAUGGAAGUUUACUGUAUAGAAAAAGCAUGAAAAGAAUUGUUUUAAUUAUUAAUAUGCUUAGUUCAUGUCAAAACAGGUAAACAUGUUGGUAUAGAAUACUGCUGCAAUAUAUUGAAAGUUUGUCAUCAAUGAGUUAUAAAUCUGACUUUAAAGCAUAUUACUAUAAGGACUGAUAUUCACCAGCUGAUGAAAGUUAGGAAAGCUGAAAUGUACAAAUGGCAGUUAGGUUAAAAAGCAUAAUGGCAGGUUAUAGUAUAAUGUGUGUGUGU